AUGCAACACGUCCACUACGUUACAGUGUCAGUCUUGGCACUCUGGUGGAUAGCCUCGCUUGUAUUCGUUACGGCCGAGAACAACACCUUGACGUACCCCACCAAGUCGGGUCUCCUACCUUGGGUCGACCCCGACACACCCAAGGACAAAUACGUGUACACCAGCUCUCGCGGUCGGCGAUGGGAUCUCGUCAUGAGCGACGAGUUCAAUGUGGCUAACCGCAGUUUCCGACCCGGUGACGAUCACAUGUGGACUUCUCUCGAGAAACCCGACGGUGUCAACGGCGCACUCGAGCUUUACUCCCAUAACAUGACUUCGACUAAAUGCGACGACGACGGCACCUGCUACUUCUACAUUGAGACCAUCGACGAAGUAAACGUCAUCCAUGUCUACAACAUGUACACGCAUCCCCCGAGCUUCCAAGAUGUCUACUUCUGGUAUCGUGGUGCAAUGGUACAGUCGUGGAAUAAAUUCUGUUACCAAGGCGGUAUGUUGGAAGUACGAGCUCAACUACCCGGGGUGACUGAUCCGGAGUCAGGGAACCCCGAUGUCGCUCUAGGAGAGAACGGCAAAGUCCAAAACACUAAGUAUUACCCGACAUGGCCCGGUAUUUGGAUGCUGGGUAACCUUGGACGCGCCAUUUUCUCGGCAUCGACCAACCGAAUGUGGCCCUAUUCGUACAACGAAUGCGACGCCGACGUCUUUGAUCCAACUUUCCAACGUAUCAGCGCCUGCGACGACAAUCCAGGAUACGGUCUCAACCCGAACCAAGGUCGCGGUGCACCGGAGAUCGAUGUUCUGGAAGGUGGUGGUUUAGCCAUCUCGUCUUCUCUACAGAUCGCCCCAGGUAUGCCGGACGACUAUCGUCUCUUUCCCGUUGACACGUCAACUGGUGACUUCAGCUACUGUUUGUACAGCUACAACUGUUUGACACCUGGUGCCAACUACAUUGACGUCCCGACAUCAUACUACCAGCAAGAACGUGGCCACAAGUCGUGGUAUCAAGGUCUUCGCUAUGCUGCGAAUAAUUACUGUGACCAGAAUGCAGAGGAAAAACAAGACUAUGACACGGUCGCUGCGUCGGUUAAGAAAGGCAUUACGGAGAACACGUGCUCAGUCGACACUUGUCCAGCAUCUGGAGAUGUCAACGCUGACUUAAGCGUGAUCGAUGGAGGAAAGAACCACUGGGGUAUUAACUCUAACGGCACGUGCUAUCCACUCAUGAAUUCCUACAUGGGCUCGUACUUGUGUGACCCGGACAACACGUUCUCCAAGUGCGCAAGUCCUCGUAACGAGAGCACGACGCCCAAGUCGAAUGCCAUGAGUUCGUUUAACUAUCAGAUGGACGCUAUCUCCUCCAAUUGGCCGAUCCAUUUCGGUGCGUAUACAGGUUUCUAUGACUACCAAGUGGAGUGGGUAACCGGUGAGAAUGGCUACGUUCGAUGGUUGCUACAUGGAGAGCCUCUCUUUGAAGUCACGACUGAAUCGGUCGUCAACGUGCCGCAGAACGCGAACAAGACCAACCCGAAGAAGAUCAUGAUUGAGGAGCCCUUGUAUGUGAUUUUCAACGUGGCUUUGUCGAGUUCAUGGGGUACGACACCUCCAAACCCGGGCCAGGAAUGUCGCGGCGACGGCAAAGACCCCACGACGAACGAUCUUGGAGAUGACCUCGAACCGGACAACUACAUGCAAGUUGGUUGUGACCCGGCCAGUCACCCGACGAAGGAGUGGAUUGAUGCGCAUAUCGACGAAUACGAAGACGACGACAACAAGUGGGAGGAGGUUGCAGGCAAGGCGUUUUGCAAGACUAGUGACGACUGUACCAUCGGCGGUACCCUUUCCAGAACAGCUUUAAAGACGGGCAAAUGUGUUAAGCAACGCUGUGAAUGUUUGUACCAUUCGUGGGGUGGUCCUCGCUGCACUACGGCCGUCUCCGGGUCGAGUUCAGCUGGUUUGAUGAGCAGGACGUUCGGUCCGCCGAUUGAGGCCGCAAUUGCCGUCGCUAGUGUGAUUAUAUUGAUGACAAUGGCCAUGGUUCACGUGGGGUCCGUCACUACCGCGAAGAAAACCAAAGCCGUAAUGGCAGCCUUGGAGGCAGAGCGUAAAGUUGCUGCUCCCGUGUCGACAGCCCCGACCAGCGAAACGAGCAGCAAUCGCGGCUCACAUCUCGCUGCUCUGUCGAAAGACAAUUAUCGUCAGAAUUUCGUUUAG